UUGAGCAAACUGCACAUGACAGUCAACACGCGAACUUUUGUCGAGAGAUAUCUUCAAUCUUAAACUUUAAAAUGUCAAGGCUAAAACAUACAGAUAAUCAAAGAACAAUCCGCAGUUUAAAUUGUAUGUAUAAUAUUGUGAACUGCGACAUAAUUGCAUAGGGCGGAAACACUAGUGAACGGCGUUAAUAUAGUUAAUAGUUUCGCCGUAGGUUGUGUGAGAGCCAUCUUUUUCACCAAUGCGCACAUUGGUCCCAUACAUUUAGGCCAAUUCAGUACACGAUUGUCAAACAUAUAUUCUCAAAAUGCCAGCAACAUCGUCAACAAAACAACGCAUUGCUAGCGUUCUAACUAUCCUGCAAUUCGUCUCCAUAACGACUGUCAGCACAAAUAAAAUCACUUGCAGUGACAUAGGUAUCAAUGUUUACAACUGCAGUGCAGAAGGUUUGGUUGUAAUACCAAAGUUCGACACUUUUGCCAUCGAAGUAGACUUGUCGUUUAACUUGUUGAAAGCAGUUUCCAAAACAUCAUUUCAAGGUCACAGAAGCCUCCGUGCCUUAUACUUGCACAACAACAAUAUCUCUGAAAUAGAACCGUAUUCAUUUGCAGAACUUGUACAUUUACAGAUACUGGAUUUAUCAGAUAACCGUCUACAAAACAUCACCCAAAACAUGUUCACAGAAUUGACAUCUUUGAGAACACUAAAUGUCUCCAACAACAAUAUUUCCACAAUUGAUCACCAUUCGAUUUUCUCUCUUGCUAGUCUUGAAAAGCUCAUUUUAACUGGGAACGAAUUAGAUUGCCAAUGCGAGGAGCAGCUUUUUAAACAGCUGAUACAAUACAGAAACGCACGAAAUUCUUUACAACUUGAUGUCCAGGGAGCUCUGUGUCUGAAUAACGGACAAAACGACCUGUUUAAAAUGUCAAUCGACGCCUGUUCACAUGGGGAAAUCUUUUGGGCCCCCAGUGUGAAUUGCUAUAGUUGUACCGAUUCUCCUGGUCUGUUGACGUGUGGUGCAAAUCGUAUCGAAAAUUGCGGGCAAAAUACGGAUGUUUGCUACUCCACUAUCACGUACGCUAGUAACAGACUCUCCGCCACUGCGGGAUGCAUGAACUACAUUGCCUGUCUCGACCUCAUUGCGAAGAACAACGUGACGUGUGUUCAGGGAAAUACCACGUGCUUCUCGUGUUAUACAGGAAGCCUCUCAAACACUCGGAAUAUUGCGGGAUAUGCCAAUGAAUUUGUGUUAGAAGUCUCAAUUGAGUUGCGGGCCGCAUUGUCUGCUGGGUUGAUAAACGUCCAUUCACAAGAGUACAACGAAUUUACGAAAAAUAUUUCAGCAAAUGUAAAAGCCUUCAUACAAGACGAGAGAAUGGGAUUUUGGGUUGAGUUUGAUAAGUUAAGUGGACCCCAAAUUACAGUUCAUCUGACCAUCCAUUGUACUUCCAUUUGGUACAUAACAGCUCAGUCUGUUAAAAUUACCUUAUUCAAAACACUCCCCAAGUUGACCCUCAAUGGACUUGAAGUGUCAAGCGUCAAUAUAGUGCCUUCAAAUUCAGAAUAUUGUCCGCCAACCGUACAGCCGACCGCAGAUCGGGGUCAAAUCAACUGGCCUCUAACAAGUGUUGCAACUAAUGCCACCAUUGACUGUCCUUUUCAAUUUAACAACACUAGAAGUGUGGCUAGGAGACUAUGCCAGUCGGACAAAGCAUGGGGAUCCUCAUCAUUCUUUGAUUGUCCUUUGGAGGAUGAGCAAGCGCGUGCUCUACAAGAAAUAUCCCGGAAAGAAAUAAAUAACGACAACGUUGCUGAUGUUUCCUCUGAACUAUUUACGAUUACAAACAACUGGAACACAUUUACUUCGACGGACAUUGGCUUGGCAGUUGAUACAGUGGACAAAAUAUUAAACGUAGACAGAGCGAGCACUGAUGACGCUGCAAUUGAUAACACAGUGGCAAUAAUUAACAAUUUAUUGAAUGUUGAAGAUGAUGUCUUGGCAGAGUCCGAAGAAACUUCAGAUUCCUCGUCAAAAAGAUUCUCUCAAGUUCGAAAAUUAUACGUCACGAUAAUAAUUAAAGCUGUUGACAAACUUCUAAGCAAGAUCGACAAGAAAUUCUCCACAGUCAAAUCAAACUUGGCUGGAUUCGUAUCAUCUCCUGAUUCUGGUGCAUUUAAUGGAUUUACGUUAUCAUUCAGCGAUGGUGUUAAAGACCUUACGAAAUCUAAGAUUAGCGUGUCCACCGCUGCUGAAGAUCUUGGGGCAGACUUUUCUGGUAUCAUGCUGCCAAAGACAUUGUUCAAAAGUAGUGAAAAAGUAACAUUCACUGUCUACAGUGAUCCUAAACUUUUCGAGACAAUAUCAAAUCGAAACGACACUGCACAUAAUCAAAGUUCGGACACCAAUACUAACCGAUUCUCAGGCUUUAAACGAAAGAUAAACAGCAAAGUGGUGGCAGCUAGCGUUCCCAAUAAAACGGUCACUAAUUUAACGGCGCCAGUAAAAAUUAUAUUGAAACAUGAGCAAACUGGCAAAAACGUGACGUGUGUGUACUGGUCAAUCGAAUCAUCAGAAUGGCUUUCGGGCGGAUGUUCAGUCCACGCGACCAACGAAGACUUUACGGAAUGCCACUGUGAUCACCUCACAAACUUUGCAUUGCUAAUGGAUGUGUAUGACGUGGGGGGAGAACUGGACGAGUCCAACAAAGAGGUCCUGCGUAUCAUUUCCAUUGUUGGCUGUGCGAUGUCACUUGCUGGAGCAUUGUUGACAAUAAUUGCGUAUGGAAUAUUCAGGCGUUUACGAAAGGAAAUCGUAUCAAAAAUACUGAUGCAGCUGUGCAGUGCUAUAGCAGCGCUGAAUUUGGUGUUUCUAGUUGGGGUACAAAAGUACGCGGCUAAUAGCAUUGGCGGUUGCAAGACAGUCGCUGUUCUGCUGCACUAUUUUCUCCUUGCCAUCAUGUGUUGGAUGCUGGUGGAGGCGUUCUUGUUGUACAAAUAUGUGAAAGUGACCGUGUGGAAGAAAAAUAUUCCAUCAUUUUUCCAGCGCAAAUUAGCUUUGUUUGCAUGGGGAACACCUUUGAUUAUAGUAGCUGUCGCGUUGGCUGUGAACAAAACAGAUAAUUAUGGGUACCAACCUGGAGGAAUUUGCUGGUUGGAACGUAUCCCGUUUUAUGUUGCCUUCCUGGCGCCAGUUUGCACAGUGUUCGUGCUCAAUGUCAUUACAUAUGUGCUUGUGCUGAAGAAAUUAUUUGGAAAGGGCUCUAAGGAACUCAAUAAAACAGGUCAAAACAAAAACAUAGGAAAGCGCCUUCGCGGUGCGGCAAGUGUUUUAGUACUUCUGGGGCUCACAUGGUCGUUUGGUAUAUUAGCAAUUGGGGAUGCUAGCAAAGUGUUCCUCUACUUGUUCGUCAUAUGCAAUGCCUUUCAAGGAUUAUUUAUUUUUGUGCUACAAUGUCUGCUAAACGAGGAAGUUCGUAGAGCUUGGACGAAUGUUUGUCCAUGUUUAAAGUCAACUAGCGCGUCUACAAAAGGCUCCCUGACUUAUUCUACAUCGACCACCGUUACCACUUCUACUUAGAUCGGUGUCGUAUUCGGAGUCGACUCCUGCUGAAAACAAUGUCUUCAAGUCUGCGUGACUUGUCUUUUUAAUAACAUGUAGUCACAUAUACACAUAGCAAAGUAACUGUUAAUUUUCUAUUUAAAAUUCAAUACACAUGAUGAAAAUCUUUGGUUGUUGAUAAUGUGCUUGUAAAUUAUAGUUGUACAACUUUU